GCCCACGUGAUGCGCCCGCCAGCCAAUCCGCGCGCGGCGAGAGCGGCCCCGGCUGAAGAAGGGAGACACGUCUGAAGGAGGUCAAAGCAGAGACGCUGCAAAGCCGAGGCGGACGAGGCGAAUCGGGCGAUGAGCAAACACCAGUAUUUUGUGACGAGGAGUUGGAACAAACGCUGAGUAGGUGUUACUGGAAUUGUCCCGAGCAGGAAGCAGGAAGAAAGUUUUUAUCUAUUUGCAACUGAUCUGCUGGGUUGCUGGAAGCUCCGUGCUUUUCUUCCUCAAUCUAAAGGCUUUAUCCCAUCCCUCGAGAUCCCAGAUGGACCAUCCUGAGCAUCACGCCCAUAUGGACCACAUGGGCCACAACAUGAGUGGCUCAGCCAGCCCCACCAUGGAUCCUCACGCCCACCAUCACCCCACAAGUGGCCCUGGACACGCGCAUGGAGGAAUGAUGGAUAUGACUUUCCACUUCAGCUAUCAAAAUGUUCCCUUGCUGUUUUCUGGGCUUGUCAUCAAUACGCCCGGAGAAAUGGCCGGCGCAUUCGUGGCUAUUUUCUUCCUGGCCAUGUUCUACGAGGGCUUGAAGAUCGGCCGGGAGAGUCUCCUGCGGAAGUCGCAAGUCAGCAUCCGUUACAACUCCAUGCCUCUCCCGGGGCCCAACGGGACUGUCCUGAUGGAGACGCACAAAACAGUUGGCCAGCAGAUGCUGAGCGUGCCUCACCUCUUCCAGACCAUCCUCCACAUCAUCCAGGUUGUGGUCAGCUACUUCCUGAUGCUCAUCUUCAUGACCUACAAUGCUUACCUCUGCAUCGCGGUGGCGGGCGGCGCCGGGGCGGGCUACUUCUUCUUCAGCUGGAAAAAGGCCGUGGUGGUGGACAUCACCGAGCAUUGCCAUUAACAGUGACCUCUGCUACCCCUUCAGCCUUCCGAAGGACUAGGUUUACUAGAAACAUGCCAAGGAAAACAGCCGUGGGACGCCCUCCUGCUCCUCUCUCCCCACGUUUCCCCUCUUCCCCAGAACCUUUGGGGCGGGGAGACUUCUGAGCCACAGGUAAAAGAGUCAGCGGCCGGCUAAGGCAACCUACUCAGCAUGGUUGAUGGAUGACACAUUGCGUACUUGAUCAGGUUUUCUUUUAGUCUGUGCCAUGAUUCAAAGGAGCUGGCAGGAGCUGAACCAGCCCAUUCCAUGUUCUUUUAUUUGUGCUUCUAAGGACAAAUAAAAGAGGGCAAGGACCACAAGAGCGGGUCUUCCUUCAAGAGAAGUAGGCACCCACCACCACCAUCUCUCUGAGGCCAGUAUGUGUGAUCGGCAGUCUAGCGCUGCCCGUCCCUCUUUCCUUGAGACAUCAGCUCCGCUUUUGCCAACUGCGUUUCACAGCUGCCAAACAGUUGUGUGGAUUUGGUUCUAGGAAGCCACUGUCUUUCACCCAGGAAGGUUUUUAGGGACUCUACUUCUUCUGUAGCUGCUCUGGGGUGGAAAGGAACCCUUUGCCCAUUACAGUACCCAUUUCUAACCGUGACGUGCUGGUGGAAAAAUAAUGGGGGAACAAGUAUGAUUUUUUUAAUAUAUAUAGAUAUAUACAUUUUAAAUAAACCUGCAGUACUCAAGGGUUUUAAGUUUUUUUUUUCUGAUUUUCAGGCCGACAUCUUUUUUUCCUCUCUUAAGCAUUAAACCUAAUUGUCAUGUCCUUCUUAAGACCCUGGUGGCUUCAGACAACUCUGGGAUACAGGUUUUAGGCAGAGUGUGACCUAUCUCUCCUGCUUUAGGUGGGGGAUUUCCUUUUACUAUUCUUUUUUCAUCCUGCAUAAAUGCUGGUUUAUUGGUCUGUCUGUCUCUCUCUCUCACACACACACCCGUGGAUGUGGUUGUUAGAAUCAAUUGUUUCUUGGGCCCCUAAUUUUGGGCAAGGUUGAAACUCAGAAAAACCAGCAACCAUCCUUUCAGCAGUCCACGCAGAAAAUUACCUUUGUUGUCUGCUUGUACCAACCGUGAUAAUCAACCUUCAAUUUAGCCUGUCGCUGACAUCAGACACAAAUUUAAAAGUAGAAACAAUACACCAGUCGCCUGUCAAUCAUUUAAUGUAGCAUUGUUAAUUAAUUGGUUGUUUCAGCCGCAUGCCAGUUUAGACUACCGUAGCUUCACCAUGUUUUAUCCAAUUGGUUGUUUCAGUAUGCUGUCUUACAUUAAUUUAACCAUGGUUUAUUCAGUUAACUCAGCUUGCCAGGUUCACCCAAAGCGGUGCCAUGUACUUGUCAUGCAAACUAGCCUAAAAUGAAGUUGGGUAGUUUGUGGUCCAAUCUUAUCAUGUGAACACAAUCAGCGAGUCCUAUUAGAUAUCACAGGUCUUCAAGAAGAGAUACUUUUAGUAUUAUUUUUUUAAAAAAAAAAUUGGUUUGAAAUGCAUCGGAGGACGAUGCUCAAGGGCUGCUGGUCUUGAUGGCCAUUUUCUAUCUCCUGAAUGGCGAACAGCAGCAGAGGGGAAAAUGUUUACUUUUGAAUCAUGCCCGGGAGUAUCUUAGGCACAACUGGAUGGCCACCGGGAGACCCACAAUGCCCGCAAAAUUUGUCCUGUAAGAAUUCAUAUUGUGGGAUGAUACCAUUCUCCCCUUGCAAGGAAGUAGACGCAGGGCUGAGGUUGCAUUACCUGAAGGAGCAGAUAUUCUCGCUUUGACUUUUAAUUCCUUCCAUGGAAGGAAGAGAGUGGAAGCUGGAUUAACAUCCAUGCUGAGAUAUCAAACUUUUUUGUGUUUUUUUUUUUAACCAUCUGCCCGAGAGGGGAAAGUACACACAAGCUGGAGAACUGCAACCAUAGGGAAUCUGCAGCAUGGUGUCACCUGAUUGUCAAUUGGCAGGAGGCUGGCAUUUUGCUUUGCAACACAGCAAAAUCGCACAAGCCUUCCUCCAGGCUGGUUGGCUCUGCUACAAUCUCUGCACGCAGAGCACAAAACAAAAGGAUGGCAUUUACCCAAACAGCAUGUGCUGAAUAGUAAAGCGGUAGCUGAAUCAGCCUUCUCCUCUCCCACAACCGUACAAUCAAGUUUUUAGCCUCUUUAAAAGGCACAAAGACUCGAUUUAUAAUCCAUUUCAUCUCAGCCAUGAAGUUGAGUUGGGUCCCAUGACAUCUUUGGCUAAUUUUGUGGGGCUUCAACCAUGGCUAACUUCCUCUAUAACUUAGCGUCUCACGUCCGUCUGCUUGCUUCUAUCCAUCCUGUGUAAACUCAGAGAAGGGAGUGGCUCCUUGGCUAAUAUUAUAUGAACCAUGUCAGAGUGCCAGCUUUAGCAACUGGAUAUUUUCUGUGUACGUUAAUGGGAAGGUGGGAAAACAAAAAUUCCAUAUCACCUGUGGGUGUCUUUCCCUUAUGUUUGUUGACAGAAAAAUCUUGUCUCAUUUACAGCUGACCACGAUUCACAGUAUUGUUUUUUCCAUAGCUAUGUUGCUCUAGUCUCCCUCCUCGUUCUUAGUGUAUUCAUGGAAAAAAAUGUGCCUUAGCCAUAUUGCUUCAUCGGGCCGUGUAGUGUACUGUGUAGGAUGUCUUAUUUUAAAUCCAUAGCUGAUGGAAGUGUAUGCAUCGGCUACCAUUACGUGAAUACUAAUGAUUUACGCUGUUGUAACUUCUAAAGUAUAGAGUGUCUUAAUCAAAAAUGAUGGACGUGGGAUAUGUUUACAUGUCUACCCUACGUGGUUCAGUAGAAUAAAGAGAUUCAACCCAUCA